AUGGCUUUGAGUUCCAGUUCCUACUGCAUGGUUGAAGUUGAAGUUUAUCGAAGAGAUUCCAAGAAGCUUCCUGGGCUGGGAGAUCCUGACAUCGACUGGGAAGAGAGUGUCUACUUGAACCUCAUUCUACAGAAGCUGGAUUAUGUGGUGACAUGUGCUGUGUGCACACGCUCCGAUGGAGGAGAUAUUCACAUUCACAAAAAGAAAUCUCAGCAAGUGUUUGCAUCUCCUAGCAAACACCCAAUGGAUAGCAAAGGAGAAGAGUCAAAGAUCAGCUAUCCCAACAUAUUCUUCAUGAUUGACAGUUUUGAAGAGGUUUUCAGUGACAUGACUGUGGGAGAAGGAGAAAUGGUCUGUGUGGAGCUGGUGGCCAGUGACAAAAGCAACACUUUCCAAGGAGUGAUUUUCCAGGGAUCCAUCCGCUAUGAAGCUCUCAAGAAGGUCUAUGACAACAGGGUGAGUGUUGCAGCAAAGAUGGCUCAAAGAAUGUCCUUCGGCUUUUAUAAAUAUAACAACAUGGAGUUUGUCCGAAUGAAAGGGCCCCAAGGGAAAGGACAUGCAGAGAUGGCAGUGAGUAGAGUUCCUACUGGCGACACUUCACCUUACGGAACAGAAGAAGAUUCAAAUCCAGACUCCCCAGUGCAUGAGAGACUCACGUCUUUCAGCACACCGCCGACCCCAGAACGCAACAAUCGCCCAUCGUUUUUCUCCCCAUCUCUUAAGAGAAAAGUACCCCGAAAUCGAAUUGCUGAGAUGAAAAAAUCCCACUCGGCAAAUGACAGUGAGGAGUUCUUCAGAGAUGAUGAUGGUGGAGGUGAGAGAAGUAACAUCAGCUAAACAGACUAUCAGAGA